AUGACAUCCUCCCUGCCUCCCAAGACCUACUCCGAUCCGGAGUACGAGGCAGCCCAUCGACAAACGUUUGCCACCCCCAAGACCAAAAUCCCAAAUGUUCUACCACUUGGUGUCACAAGGGCCACAUUUGACGUCGCCAUCAAGGAACUCAUAUCUGCCGUCGGGGUCGCGUCGGUCUUUGUUGAGGAGGCUCUCGCUCAUUAUGUCGACCCCUAUGAUGUCUACGAGGAUGAUGAGUCCCGACGCAGGGUUCCAAGUGCGGCCGUAACACCGGGAUCCCUGGACAAACUGCGCCAGGUCCUCAAGAUCGCCAAUCAACACGGGAUCCCGCUGUGGACAUUCUCCAGGGGAAAGAACCUGGGUUACGGUGGGCCUGCUCCCGUCGUGCGCGGAUCUAUCGCCUUGGAUCUGCACCUUAUGAACCGCAUUCUCGAAGUUAACGACGACCUCCACUACGCGGUCGUGGAACCUGGUGUAACAUGGACAGAUCUUUACAAUUACUGCGUGGAGAACAGGAAGAAAGUCUGGCCAAGCGCACCCUCCCUGGGAUGGGGCAGUGUCAUCGGAAACACUGUAGAUCGUGGAACAGGUUUUGGGUCAAAUUCGAACCAUCAUCAAUGCGUUGCAGGAUGCGAGGUGAUGCUCGCCGAUGGCGAUCUUCUUCGAACUGGACAAUUUGGAAUAUCUAACUCGCCUUCGGCAUUCCUAUCAAAGUUUACGUACGGACCAUCAGUUGAAGGGCUUUUCUGGCAAAGCAAUCUGGGCAUCGUGACCAAAAUGAGCAUCUGGCUAACCCCGCAGCCCUCAGCCUUCAUGUCUUGUGUCUUCAACAUGCCAGAGUUCGACGACCUCGAAGUCAUGGUUGACACCCUUGGUCUCAUGCGUCGUAACGGAGUGAUUCCUAACGUUAUAUGGGUUGGUAAUGUCGUCGAAGCCCUCUGUAUCCGGGGCCGGCGGCGGGACUAUUGGAAGGGAGAAGGUCCUAUUCCCGAUUGGCGUGUUAAGGAACUUCAGAAGGAGUUGAACCUAGGCUGUUGGACUGCACGGUUCGGCCUCUACGGCCCUGAGCGCAUUGUCCAGGCGCACUUUGAUGAAAUAAGCGGAAUCCUCGAGGACAAGGCCCCAACUGGCGAGUUCAUUGGGAAAUUGUUCGCUGGACCUGACGGUGGUCUGCUUGACGCCGCGUCUGUUCCGUUUGAGGACGGAAAUGUACUUGUCGGAAUCCCAAGUCUUAUGAGCAUCCCCCUCAUGAGCUGGCCAUUACAGGAGGACGGUGCUGGAAAGGCUGCACAUGGGGAUUACGCACCCAUUAUCCCGUCGUCCGGGAAGAAGCUCCUAGAUUGGAUGCGGCGGGCGAAACCCAUCUUUGAAGCUUCGGGCCUCGAGUUGAUGACGGACUUCUUCAUGCAAGAGCGACAUGUCGUUGUGACAGGGAUGUACAGCUUUGACCAGCACAGCCCGAGAGAGAGAGAGGCAAUGCAUAGACUGUUCCAUGCCAUGCAUGAGGAGGCUAAGGACAAGGGAUACGGCAUGUACCGCGGACAUAUCCAGCACAUGGAUUUGAUUGCGGACCUCAACGACUUCAACAACCAUGCCUAUAGCAGGUUUGUCGAGACCCUGAAGGAUGCAACUGAUCCAAAUGGAAUCCUAUCACCCGGGAAGCAAGUCUACCAACAAGAUCGAAACACGACAAGAAGGGAUCCGGGAUGGGCCAAGAACCUGCAGGAUAUGGUAACUGGCGGGGCGACUGUGUGCUGGAACUAA